AACGGGAGAAUAGUUUCCGGUUCCGUUGUGAAAUAGUAAAUAUUGCUGAGAAAGUGGUUUGCAGUCCUGAAACCAGAGCCUUGGUGAAUUAGAGAGAUUAUUAUGUUCUUCAUAAACUUCUCACUUAGUUAGCCUGAUUUUCGAGACCAGUAUGUGAACCUACGCGCAAUUUUUAUUUGGAUUUUAUAGGGUAAACGUGGUAAAUGGAUGUAAACAAACGAUAUUGUUGAUGCGACAGUGAAAAGAGACCUAGUUGGAUAUGUUGGCAAGGACUAAGGACCACUGCUCUUCUGUGUAUCCAUUCUCAGCCUAGGUCUCGUUGUGUGAAACCGGGACAUUGUCAAUUAUUGAUUGACCUUUUUCGAAAUUUUAGUAAUAGAUUGAUAUGUAACGACUAACGAGGCCUAUUUUUUGGCAAACCUUCAACAGUAGCAAAUUCUGUUUUCUGGCAUGGAAAAUAUUAGGACAAUUUCCUGUGUAAGUUUGGAUAUUUGUUAGUUUACGACAAUGGAGGGCGUGGAGGAGUGCCUGGAUGAUUCCCUCCGUGUGGAGAUGGAGAAAUGUGUGCAGAAACUCACCAUGUCAGGGAAACCAAAGCUUGACACUGAUGUCAUGAAACAGUUCAAGAAAAUAUGCAAAAAGUCCAACACCUAUGUGAAGCAUGCCUACCACAUCCUGAUGAUUGAACUUGAGAAGAACCAUGCUGAGGUCCGACUCUCCACCUUCCAGAUCAUCGAUGAACUCUUCAACCGAUCUCAUGAGUUCCGAGAACUACUCAUCUCCAACCUCCAGGUCUUCAUGGAACUCACAGUCGAUACCAAUCCAGAGAUGCCUCUUCCGCCGCCAAAGCCAAUUGCCCAGACACUGAAGAGGGAGACUUUGAAGGCCAUCCAACAGUGGCAGGAGAAGUAUGGUGAUGCCUACAAGAAACUGACUUUAGGGUAUCACUACCUUCGCAGCUGCAAGAUGGUGGAUUUCAACGACAUCCGGUCGAGGACAAUAGCAGAGAGACGGCGUUCCGAGGAAAAAGAGAGACGAAAACAGAACAUAAUGCGAGUUCGCCUGGAGCGAGUGCUGCAAGAUAUUGAAGAGGGCGCCCCGGACAUGGAGAACGCUGCAAUGGAGGUGGAGAACUGUCUGCAGUUACUGCUGCCGGCUCCAGACAACUUCUUCAUCUGUGAUGAUGACGAUGAUGACGACACGCCCGAUAAAUCAGGGGAGGCAGUUGCAGCCAGUGAUCGGAUCAAGCCAAAUGAGGAGCAGGAAGGUGAUAAGGGGCCAAAACUGUCUGAAAGUACAUUAAAACAUGAAGACAGUGUUGGCGCAUCAGGCUCAACAUCUCCAUCUGCCACCAACACCAGUGAGCCAGCAGGGACGGCAACACAGGAGGCGGAGGAGGAUGACGAGGAUGACUUUGAGGACGUCCCAGAUGCUGAAGGAUUUGUACAAGCUCAUGGCCUUGGGUCCCGCCAGUACAACAUCUCCAUUGAUAUGCAGGCCGUGGAGGCAUUUGUGCAGGAGACGGACGACAACAAGGACAUCUUUAAUACCCUGAAGGACGCCAUCUGUCUGAUAGCCAUCAAGUACAUUCCCCUGGUGGGGCGGUGGCUCGAGAUUUUGUCCAAGAAUGGAGCCUCUGAAGCUGACAUCAAGAGGAUGAUAGACCUGAAGAACAAAUUGUUGUCCUCCAAGACCAAGUGUGAUGAGCUCCAAGUCCUCCCAGCUGUUCAAGUUGGCAAGAAGAAGAGAAGUAACGACUCUGAUGAUGACGAUGACUUCGAGGUGGUGCCAGAGAAGGAAGGCUAUGAGCCAAACAUCCCACAGCAUCUGCGAGCUGAGUAUGGCCUGGAGCCCCAGCCGGAGUCGGUCGAGGAGAAGAAGAAAGCUCCCGAGAAGUUCAUGGCACAGAUGACUCCUCAGUUCUGGAGCAUGUCCACUAUCAAAUCUAUGACCAGCUACGCAGACCCAACGUCCAGGGAGGCCAACAUCUCGCGCCUCAAGGGCCACCAGCAGAGUGACUCAACCGUGGGGUACAGUCCAGGAAGGUCGAAGCAUCCUCUGGCUGGCAUAUCAAGGGAGACAAGCGAGUCAGGCCCCAGCACAUCAGGGAAGACAACUCCAGCUAAGAAGGCUCGAGCUGAUGCUCCGGUUGUGCCGUUUGGCGCCGACCUUGCUUGCUGGGAUAACCCCGACGCGAUAGAAGCUCCUGUCAUGAUCAAGUACGACUCUCUCCAUCGGUUCUGGGUGCCGCCAGAGUCUGAAACUGAGAAGCCUAAUGCUUUAGAUCUUGCUGCAGUGAAAAACCGAACGUUCCACUUCACGGGAACAUUCGAACCUGUCAAGUGGAAGUGCAGAGCACCCAUGGCCACUGGCGGACUUUGUGAGAGAAUGGACAGGGUCAAGUGUCCGUUCCAUGGAAAGGUGAUUGCACGUGAUGAAGAAGGGCGCCCGGCGCGUCUCAAUGAUGCGUUGGAGAUUGCCAAGCAAGCAGAGAAGAAUGCUGAGGAGCAAGUGCCUGAUUGGCAGGACCCACAGCUGCUACGAGAAAUCGAGGCUAGCACUGGCCUUGACCUGCAGCUAAAAAAAUAUAAGGACAAAGGCAAGGGCAAAGGUAAAGGAAAGAAGAAAAAGUAUGGCAGCUUGACAGACAUUGACAAGAUUAAGGAUACCAGCAGAUCCCGCCUGGAGAGGAAGGUCUUCAAUGCGUCGGCGGUGAGGCGUGUGACGUCACGGAUGGAUGCAGCUGACUACCGGCGUGUCCGUGACAAGUUUGGAAACCAAUUCAAUUAUUCACUCUCAUAGAUUUAACAGAGUUAACAGAGUAUGGUACAGUAUAACUUACACUUGGAGCUUAUGUCCAGUCAGAGCAUCGUUCACAAGAUUGUGAAAGUAUAAGUUCCAAUGUGUUUUCUAAUCAUUCGACCUCCAAAAGGUUAACAGGGGCCAUUCUGAACAAAACCAUCAUCCUUGCCUCGCUUCAACAUGUUCAAUGGGAUAAACAUUUGAAAUGGAACAGACUUUCCAUGGCCCAUGGGAAGUACUGCCAUACUAUCUCAGGUAUAUUUUAGACAUUCAGGAAUUUUCGAGGCACGGGUGGACCAGUUGUCUAAGGCACCGCAGAGUUGCAUCCCUUGGGCACACCAGAAACCUAUGUUUCUGGGUUCGAAUCUGGGUUUGCCCAAUUAUGUUUCCAGGUUUGUCAGCACCAUACCCGUGCUCGUGGGUUUCACCAAAGUGGUAAACGUCUGAGAUCUGCCGACAUACCGUGAUAUAACUGGAAUAAUGUUAAAAGCAGCGUGAAACCCAAUUCAUUCACUCACUAUGUCCAUAGACUUUUGAGUUACACACAGAGUUCAUAGCAUAGCCCACGAGGUUGAACAAGAACAUGGAGACGCCAUGAUGUAACUGCUUGUCAGUUCAAAGUGGCAUUAAAACAAGAAAGAAACAAGAACAGCGGAAGUAAUCAGAAUGUAGGGCAUUCCACAGGCAGCAAAUAACAGACAUGUCUUUAAGUGGCCUUAAUCUGUUAUCGUAGCAGCUGUUAUCUCCUUGCAUCCCUGUUUCAUCAACUUGUGUAUCCUCAGCAACCCAUGCUUGCCAUAAAAGGCGACCAUGCUUGUCGCAAGAGAUAACUAGCAGGAUCGUGUUGUCAGUCUCGCUGACUUGGUUGAUGCAUGUCAUCGAUCUUAAUUGCGUGGAUAGAUGCUCAUGAUGUCAAUCACUGGAUUGUCUGGUCCAGACUUGAUUAUCUACAGACCGCCGUCAUAUAGCUGGAAUAUUGCUGAGUGCAGCGUUAAACAACAAACAAACAAACAAACUUUUUAUUAAUCAGCCACCAUAUCUAAAUUAAUUAUUACAGUUAUUAUUUCAUGAAAAUGAGAUUUUGGAGAAAAUUAAUCCAAACGUUUGAUGCCAUGUAUCUCUGCAAUACAUUUGAGUGAGUGAGUGAGUGAGUAUGGUUUUACGCCGCUUUUAGCUAUAUUCCAGCAAUAUCACGGCGGGGGACACCAGAAAUGGGCUUCACACAUUGUACCCAUGUCAGGAAUCGAGCCCGGGUCUUCGGCGUGACGAGCGAACGCUUUAACCACUAGGCUACCCGACCGCCCGCAAUACAUAUGAGUUGUUGCUUGUAUACUUUAUUUUUAUGUUCCUAAGAUACUGUAGUUUUAAAGCAUAACAAGAAGUCAUAAUGUGAUUUUUCACCCAUAAGGUCCCUUAUUUCAUGGUGGGUCACAUAAUACUAUGUCAUCGUAAUUAAGUCUGUAGAUCAUUGUUGUUGUUGUUGUUGUUGUAGAUGAUUGUUGUUGUGUGUGUUCUAUGUGUAUUUAUUGAAUCAUAUCAUGUUAGGAACCAGAACAUGAACUCAUAAUUUUUAUUUGUAAAUAAAAUCAAGCUGACUA